UCUCGCGAGACUCCCGCCCGGCCCUUAGCGGCUCGCGCGCCUGCGUCCUCCCUCUUUCCGCCAUAUUGCAGAGCUGGCACCAUGGUGCGGAUGAACGUGCUCGCCGAUGCCCUGAAAAGCAUCAACAAUGCAGAGAAACGGGGGAAGCGGCAGGUCCUGAUCAGGCCCUGCUCCAAAGUCAUAGUCCGCUUCCUCACCGUCAUGAUGAAGCACGGUUACAUUGGCGAAUUUGAGAUCAUUGAUGAUCACAGAGCCGGGAAAAUCGUGGUGAACCUCACUGGCAGGCUGAACAAGUGCGGUGUCAUCAGCCCAAGGUUUGAUGUGCAGCUGAAGGAUCUGGAGAAGUGGCAGAACAAUCUCCUCCCAUCCAGACAGUUUGGGUUCAUUGUAUUGACGACCUCAGCUGGCAUCAUGGACCACGAAGAGGCUAGACGAAAACACACAGGAGGAAAAAUCCUAGGGUUCUUUUUCUAAACCAUGUAAAGGCGCCAACAAAUAAAACCAGUUUUCAGUGGACCAAAA